CGGUGAUUGGUCGACGCGAGAAUGACCGCAAUGAUGGCAGACGACGACGGCCUUCCAGCAGCCGACGUCGCCCGCGUCGAGGACGCAGUAAAGGCUGCGAUCGCCCAGACGCUCGGCUGGUCCUACGUCGACACGUACAUGACGAGCCGCAAUCGGCUUCGGCCAGGCCGGCAACGCACCUCGUUUGGUGACUUGGAGCUCCCAUUUGCCAUCGAUGUGUUCAAACGUCACAUCCGCUACCUGUGCGUCCAGAAGCUUCCGAGAUCCGCUUUGCAUGUCACGACCGUGUCGGACUUUGGGCUCACGCGCCAUUUUGCGUACGCCACUUCCAAGGCCAUCGCCGACGCCCUGCUGCAGGUGUUACUCCAAGACUCGUCGCUUGCCGGGCUUCUCAGCAACCUCGUGUGCGACGCGAAAGGCGUGCUGACAUUCACGACGCACCGGCACUUUGCAUGGCAUACGACGCACGGCCGCCUCGUCUGCUCUGCGUGCGGCUACUUUCUCAAUGGCCAGCGCGGCCUGCGCAUCCACCAAGUCAUGCAACACGGCAUCGCGUACGAUCGCGCGCAGUCCGAGGCACUUUCGAGCGACACGCAGCUCGUGUUGUAUGUACCACCAACGACCAACGACUGCGUGCUCCGUGCGGAAGCAUCCCCUCUCGCGUUAGACCCCGGUCUUGAGGCGGCCAAGAACGGGGACCUAGCCUUGCUGCAAUCCCUCGUCGCGACGGGGUGGGACCCAAGAAAGGCAACCGAUCGCCAUGGGUCCAACGCACUCGCGUGGGCCGCGGGGGCCAACCAUCUCGACGUGUGCCGGUACCUCGUCGAGACGUGCCAUUUGAGUGCGUCGGUGCUGCAAGGCAAGCGCGGCAUGCAGCGCAACGCACUGCACUGGGCCGCGCGCAACGGGCAUAUAGCCAUCACCGCCUGGCUGCUGGGACGCAGCAGGUUCAUGUGGACGAACCGACCGAGGAUGGCACGACCGCCUUCCACUUUGCCGUUUGGAACAACCAAGUGCCCAUGUGCCGGUGGCUGGUGGCCACCGGAAAGUGCAACGUGCAUGCGCUCAAUGCCUACGGCUGCAAUGCUUCGCAAUGGAGCGCCUUGACGGGCAGCGUCGAGAUGCUUGCGCUCCUCCAAGAAUUCGGUGUCGACCUCGGCGUCAUUAACCUCAACGGCCACUCGGCCUUACACAAGGCGGCGCUGCGAGGACAUGCUGAAGCUUGCGCAUGGCUGUUGUCGCACGGAGGUCUCGGUCGGCGCCACAUGCGGCCCGACAGUGACGGCUUCACACCCAUGACGUUUGCGUCCUCGAACGGGUUCCCAACCCUCGGGACUUAUCUCGCCGACUGGUUCGAAAAGGCGUUGUAAUGG